AUGGCGGUCUCCCCGCUCAUCGUACCUCCCACGAGCACCCUUCAGAAUGGCAGGGCUGUGUCUUCACCUCUGAAGAACAUCCCUUCGAACAUCGCUUCAGCUCAAGCCUCAUCAAAUGGGACGCCUGUGGCUACUCAGGUCGUGCCAAACGCGACCGCGGCUGCACAGUCAACAUCUCUAGAUCUUGCUGAGCAGUUGAACGAGGAAGAAAAGCGCAAAUAUGCAAAAGGGAAGAAGCUUGGUGAAGGUACAUACGCAAAUGUGUAUCUCGGGUUCUUGCGGAGCGACCCCAACCAGCUUGUAGCUAUCAAGAAAAUAAAAAUUCAGAAGGAGUUCACUGACGGCAUGGCACCUGAUGCUGUUCGUGAGAUAAAGCACCUUCAGGAGCUAUCCCACCCAAACAUCAUAACCCUGCAUUCAGUCUUCUCCUCGAAGGACCAGAACCUCAAUCUCGUCCUCGAAUAUCUCCCGCGUGGUGAUCUGGAGAUGCUCAUUCGUGAUACUGAGAAUAUUCGAUAUGGUGCAGCUGAUAUCAAAGCCUGGAUGGGCAUGUUAACCCGUGCCAUCUGGUUCUGCCAUGAGAACUUUGUCUUACACCGAGAUAUCAAGCCUAACAACUUGUUGAUCGCGGCAGAUGGUGAGGUCAAACUUGCUGAUUUCGGUCUUGCGAGAAGCUUCUCCGACCCAUACAAACCCAUGACAGCUACUGUUAUCACACGGUGGUACCGGCCACCUGAACUUCUCCUCGGCGCUCGGCAUUACUCCGGUGCCGUGGAUAUAUGGUCCGUCGGCUUGGUCCUUGCCGAACUUGUAAUUCGGACUCCGUAUAUCGCCGGCGAAAGCGAUGUUAACCAGACCGAACUUAUAUGCCAGGCCGUGGGAACUCCAACUGAAGACAAUUGGCCUGGCGUCACAAAAUUGGCCGGGUACGCUGCUGUCAAGGAGGGUAUACCUUUGAGAGGGCGGGAUCAUUAUAUGUCUUUAUUUGGUACGUUGGGUGUCGAAGGAGUGGAUCUCCUAAUGAAGACGCUCAGUUUAGACCCCAAAAAGCGAAUCACAGCAAGAGAAAUGCUGAAGCAUGACUGGUGGCACAAAGACCCGCGGCCAACACGAAAACAGGACUUGCCUAAGAAGUCGGGAGGCCAAGCCAAACUCACCGAAGAUCUAAAGAGGCGACCGGGCAUGGUAGAUGACGACAGGGGCAGCAAGGUCGCUCGGAAGCUAGAUUUCGGCGCUGCCAAAUAGACACUGCAUCGGUUCAUGGUAUAUAAACAAGAGCAUCUGGGACGGCGCUAGCGGAGUUUAUUGGUUGAGGGAGAUAUUCAAGGCAACCUAGACGAUGUAUCGGGCGUUUCGUCAUCUU